AUGAAAGUACAAGGUGAAGCAACGGGCAAUAUAGAAGCUGCAGAGAGUUAUCCAGAGGAUCUAGCCAAGAUCAUUGAUAGAGGUGGCUAUAUUAAACAAUAUAUUUUCAAUGUAGGUGAAACAGCUUUCUGUUGGAAGAUGUCAUCCAGGAUAUUCACAGCUAGAAAAGAGAAGACAAUGCCUGGCUUCAAGGCUUCAAAGGACAGGUUGACUCUCUUGUCAGAGUUACAAACUUUGCCUCUCCUGCCUUCCUGUCACAGAGGAGGCUAUGGAACUCAGACUCGAUUAAUUUGCUCAACAGUGAUUACUGGAUUAUCAAGCGUCCAAAUCAGAGAGAAUUUGUCGCUAGGUUUGACACAUAGAUGCUCAGGGGAACUUCUUCCUAGGGUGGCUAAGCUGGCAGUUGAAUCCAGGCUAUUUUGGGAAAAACAAGGGAAGAUCCUGCUGGAAGGUUGCAGGCUCAAGGCUGAAGUUGUGCCAAAAGUUUUCUUCUCUAGCUAUCUAUAAUACAUAAAGAAGAAGAAGUUGCUAGUCGAUGAGCUCACAGGUGUCAGCUUCCUUAAAGUGAAAUUCAAGGACAUCAAGGAUUGGUCCAACCUAGUAAUGCUGAGAAUAAUGGGGAUUUUUGCCAAACCUGACCAUAUUAACAUGACAUAUUCAAAGACUCAGCUUUAGCAUUCACUGACUCUAUUAUUGAUUUGUGACAAUCUUUGUGACCCUGGGAGCCUGGCGACAAUUCUGAAAUCUCCCACUUGGACAGGCUACAGCAAAGUGUUUCAAACUUUGAAAGGCUGUGUGGAUGCCUGGGAGCCCAAAGUGCUACAGGUGGGUAUGGGUGCACGUUUUCAGGUACCCAGUAUCAAUAAUCUGAAAGCAGAAAUAGUGCCACAUUACUUGCCCCCUGACACCCAGGUCUAUGUGGCUGACAACUAAAACCUUUAUGCUCAGGCUCAGAUGUCUAAUAAAGCCAGUGACUAUGGCUUGGUGUAUGAUUGGCGACACCUGAAGUUUCACGAGUACGAAGAAAAGUAAGGUCUAGACACUGGAGCCAGUAAAGGUUGGCUGCCUGAUACUGAAGUUCAGAGUCAUGACUUGGACUGGACAGAGGCACCAGCAGCUGUGGUGGUUGGCAGCGAGACCCACGGCAUGAGUCUGGAGUCUCUGUAGUUGGCUGAGAGCACUGGGAGCAAGAGGCUGCUGAUCCCUGUUGCCCCUGUUGUGAACGGUCUCAACCCAGCCAUGGCUGCACGCAACCUGCUUUUUGAAGGGAAGAGACAAUUGUGGGUGAGGGUGGAACAUUUAAGCAGGGACAGGAGUUACCACUGA